GCGCCCACCAUGGUGCGAUGCGACCGCGGGCUGCAGAUGCUGCUGACCACGGCCGGAGCCUUCGCCGCCUUCUCGCUCAUGGCCAUCGCCAUCGGCACCGACUACUGGCUCUACUCCAGCGCGCACAUCUGCAACGGCAGCAACCUGACCAUGGACGACGGGCCCCCGCCCCGCCGCGCCCGUGGCGACCUCACCCACUCGGGACUGUGGCGGGUGUGCUGCAUCGAAGGGAUCUAUAAAGGGCGCUGCUUCCGGAUCAAUCACUUCCCGGAGGACAACGAUUAUGACCACGACAGCUCGGAGUAUCUCCUUCGCAUCGUGCGUGCCUCCAGCGUCUUCCCCAUCCUCAGCACCAUCCUGCUCCUGCUGGGUGGGCUCUGCAUCGGCGCCGGGAGGUUCUACAGCCGCAAGAACAACAUCGUCCUCAGCGCCGGCAUCCUCUUUGUGGCUGCAGGCCUCAGCAACAUCAUAGGAAUCAUCGUCUACAUUUCCAGCAACACGGGGGACCCAAGCGACAAGCGCGACGAAGACAAAAAAAACCAUUACAACUACGGCUGGUCUUUUUACUUCGGAGCCCUGUCAUUCAUUGUGGCCGAGACCGUGGGCGUCCUGGCCGUGAACAUUUACAUUGAGAAAAAUAAAGAGUUGAGGUUUAAGACCAAACGGGAGUUCCUGAAGGCUCCCUCCUCGUCCCCCUACGCCAGGAUGCCCAGCUACAGGUACCGGCGACGGCGCUCUCGGUCCAGCUCCAGGUCCACCGAGGCCUCUCCCUCCAGGGACACGUCGCCCGUGGGCCUGAAGAUCGCCGGGGCCAUUCCCAUGGGCGAGUUGUCCAUGUACACGCUGUCCCGGGAGCCCCUCAAGGUGACCACCGCGGCCAGCUACAGCCCAGGCCAGGAGGCCAGCUUCCUGCCGGUGCACGACUUCUUCCAGCAGGACCUGAAGGAAGGCUUGCAUGUCAGCAUGCUGAACCGGCGGACGACGCCCGUGUGA